UUUCCAGAUUGAUGGGAACAACAGCGGCGUCGGCCAACAUGGGCCAUGGUUUGAAUGCCGCCGGCAUGCCCGGUUUGGGUCCGUGCGGGGGCGUGCCCGACUCGAAGCCCAUGCAAUUCCCAUUGGCGCAACGCCGCAAGAGGCGGGUCCUCUUCACGCAAGCCCAGGUUUACGAGUUGGAGCGGCGCUUUAAGCAGCAAAAGUACCUUUCGGCUCCCGAACGGGAACAUUUAGCUUCCCUAAUACAUCUAACACCAACCCAGGUGAAAAUCUGGUUCCAAAACCAUCGGUACAAGUGCAAGAGACAGGCAAAGGAGAAGGCGAUGGCUGAGCAAAACCAACACAACCAGGUAACAUACCUUUUGGUCCUACAAUAACACGAAUCCCAUUCAUUUGAUGGAAGAAUGGAAUUAAUGUAGCGAGUAACGAUCCCAAAGGUCGUAAUACUUUAAGCGCAUUUUGGACUUGACUUUGAUCAGCGUGAAAGUGCCACAAUUACAGUUCUUCGGAUGGUUCUUUUGUGAAGAAAAUUUCAAGCUGAAAAAGCGACUGUGUAGGACAACUAUUUGCGUCAAAACAUUAUCGGAAUUCGGCAUUAUUAUUGUUAGAAUCUGGCAAGUUUAUCGGGCUUUAAGCCGCGCUGACAUUUUUUUAGCUUCAGAGGUUUAUUUGCUUCGGUGGCAUGAAAGCCCGAAAAACUCAACAGUUUCCUCAGCAAUAGCAACAGGGGCGAAAGUCUAACUCUUUAACGCAUAGAAGUUCAACUGUUUCAAUCGAAAAACACAUUUGCUCAAGUUUUUAUCCCAUUUUCCGUUAAUUCAAUUCAACAUCAACUUGACAAAAACCUCCACAACUGCGAACUUUCUUCCAUCGAUCAAAAUGCGAUUUGCUUCUUCCGAUAACCGUUAUUGAUGUUGGGAAUGGAGGGUCAAACGAAAUAGAGUUUCAGGGGGCCCAGGUAAUCUUGUGAAAAUGCCACGAAUAUUGAACCGGCCACAAAAGAAUAGGUUAUAACAAUAUCGUCAGCAGACAAACUUUGUUUAUACAAGGCGCUCUAUUGACAGACGGCCAAAGGAAAAUAAAAGCUCUUGCUUAACCCAUGUAGGUGACGAGCGAAUGUUUGUUCAAGAGCUGGACCCCACAUUCGGAUCGAUGGGAUAUUAUUUGAAUUUCGGCUCAGUAUUCGAAAUAUUUCCGCACAAUGCGUUGUAUAAUCUUUUCCGGACACGAUUGUAAAUUUCGAUUUAAAUCGUCAUUUGCAAGUGUUAAGCAUAAUCGAGUCUACGCUCUUCACAUAAAGAUUAAACGACUAUUAUCUGUGGACAUAUCAAGGGCUCUUUCAUUGAAGUGAAAGAGCCGUCGCAUGCCUAAUUGAAUCAGGACAAUAAAUCAUCCUGCCAUUCCUUCCCUCAACUUCCUGCGACGGAUGUAAACAUUAGUUUUAUUUGCCACUAUCAAUAUAAUUGCUCGCAUAGUAGGGUGUCUUCACUUUUUUUUAAAUGUUGAUAUAUGGAAAG